AGGUAGCAUAUCGACUAGAAAUGGAAAAACCGACAUGGCGCGUAGCGAAGUCUAACGAAGCUGUCCGUCAACGAGAAGCCACCAUUCGAGCCGAAAUAAAACGAAGACUAGGGCUCAGAAUUAGCGAACCGUUACCGAGCGGUGGCAACAGCAAUGAUGGUAAUACCUCACGAAAGUUCUUCAAAGAAUGGCGUACAAUCUGCGAAAUUACGGGGUUGAAUGAAGAUCUACUGGAGAGAAUGUACAUCAUUCUAGUUAUUAUCAACUGUAAGAGUGAUAUCAACGUGGAAGUAUUCCAAAACUACUUGGAAACGACUAGGAAACUUUAUAUCAGCCUAUAUGGUUGGUAUCCGCUGUCUCCAACUCUCCACAAAAUUUUGGUCCACGGCGGUGCCAUCGCGAAGCACAGUACUGUUCCUGUUGGAAUGUUGAGCGAGGAAGCACUGGAGACCCGGAACAAGUCUAUCAGAAAGUUCCGAGAAUUCCACUCCAGGAAAUUCAGCAGAACGGCAAACAUCGAAGACGUCUUCCAACGUUUGCUUCUAACAUCCGAUCCAGUGAUUUCCUUGAUGAAUAGGAAAAGCAGCGAUUCUCCUUUAAACUCUCUUCCAGCCAAAGCUCAAGAACUUGUUAUUUUGAAUUGAAUUGAAAAGAUAUGUAGUUUUAAUUUUUAUUUGUUCUAAGCUCAAUAAACCAAAAUAUUAAGUAUAUGCAUACUAAUCGAUUGUUUUUAGAAAUCCAACAUAGAAAGAAAAGUAUGGAACCUUUCAUUAGGGUAGCAUUGACAGAAGGUUCUUUGAAACGUUGAUAGUGUUUAUUUUUUAGUUAAAAAUCCAAUUUUUUUUAAAUAUGUUUUUAUGUGUUGAUUCUUCAAAAAAACUUAGUUCUAGACAAUUUUAAAGCAUUCAAUUGCGCACCUUUUUGCCGAAGACAUCAUACCUGUAUUUUGUAUAUUCUUGAAGUUAUGGCCAUUUUUUGAUGAAAAAUGACAUAUUUUCAAAAAUUAAUUAA